AUGGCCACUGGUCGUUCACCAUGUUUCUACAUAGAAGAACUUAAUAAAUACCAACAAAAGAACGGUGUAGAAGUUAGGUAUUGUGAACUGGCUAAGACAGGACCUCCACAUAACUAUAGGUUUACAUAUCAAGUUAUAAUAGAUGAUAAAGAAUUUCCAAAGGCUGAAGGUAGAUCAAAGAAGGAAGCCAAAAACGCUGCAGCCAAAUUAGCUUUUGAGAUAAUUAACAAAGACCGUAAGUCAGUUACUUUUUCAUCUCAGCUGACAACAAAUACUCCAGAAGGACCACCCAUUGAGAAUUACAUAGGCCGUCUUAAUACGAUCUCCCAGAAGAAAAACCUAUGUGUAACUUAUGAAGAAUGUAAAUCAAAGGGUGAUGGGCCGGAAGGAUUUCGUUAUAAAUGCAAAAUUGGACAAGAAGAAUAUGGUAUUGGUGUAGGUUUCACUAAACAGGAGGCAAAACAGUUGGCUGCCAAACUGGCUUAUGAAAAGAUAGAAUCAGAAACAAUGAGAGCUGACCAGUCCUCUGAUUGUUUCAAUGCUGUGUCUGGUGAUGUCGAAAGAAACUCUCAAGCAAUGAGCACAUCUAGUUCUGAAUCACCAUCUGAAAACGGCUUCUCAACAAAUGCCUCAGAAAGAAGUGAUAACAGUGACACAAACAGCACUUUCCUGUCUCCAGGGGACAGUUUCAGAAAUAAUGCCAGGAAGGUGAAGAGAAGUUUGGCGCCUAAUUUUUACUCUCCUGUGAGGACAGAAGAAAACAGUUACAGUGCGGACCCCAGGUUGGUCAAGGAUUUCACAGAAGUAACACCAAUUGGCUCAGGUGGAUUUGGCCAAGUUUUCAAAGCCAAACACAGAAUUGAUAUGAAGACUUACGUUAUUAAAUGUGUUAAAUAUAAUAGUGUGAAGGUAGAGCGUGAAGUGAAAGCUUUGGCAACACUUAAUCAUCCAAAUAUUGUUCACUACUACAGUUGUUGGGAUGGGCUUGAUUAUGAUCCUGAGAAAAGCAUCAAUUCUUCAAGACCAAAGACUAGGUGCCUUUUCAUCCAAAUGGAAUAUUGUGAUAAAGGUACUUUGGAGCAAUGGAUUGACAAAAGAAGAGGCAAGGAACCAGACAAACAUUUGGCUUUGGAGUUCUUUCAACAAAUAGUAACAGGAGUGCAUUAUAUACAUUCAAAAGACUUAAUUCAUAGAGACCUUAAGCCAGGUAACAUAUUUUUAGUAACUAUGAACCAAAUCAAGAUUGGAGACUUUGGACUUGUUACAUACCUGAAAAAUCAUGAAAUGCGGACAAGUAAAAAGGGAACUAGGCGAUACAUGAGCCCAGAACAGCUUUCUUCUGUGAAAGACUAUGGAAAUGAAGUGGACAUCUAUGCUUUGGGGCUGAUUCUUGCAGAGCUUAUUCAUAUAUGUCCCACUUCUUUAGAAACAUCGAAGUUAUUUGAAGAUCUAAGGAGUGGCUACUUAGAUGUAUUUGACGGCAAAGAAAAAGAUCUUCUAGAGAAAUUACUCUCAGAGGACCCCAAGGAACGACCUACCACAUCUGAGAUACUGAAGACUUUGAAGGAGUGGAAUAAUGUUACAGAAAGAAGGAAACGAAACACAUAUUAG